AAUAAUAGUUCAGGCGCCGCGUAGACACCUAUACUGAGGUGCUGUUAGCUGCUUAGCGCGCUAGCAGAUUAGCAAGCAACUCAGUUCGCAGUUAGUGGCCGAUAUAUUUCGUUCUGGUUGCGUGUCUUUGCUGAGAAUGAACCCUAAAGAUGUCAGGGACGAUCUGACGGCAACAUCGUGCUGCUUUGACCUCUCCGUGCUUCAUCCUAGCUCUGUCGGAUAGAACCACUGUCCCACUGGAGACCUCGGUUAACAAAGGACUGUAUCACCCUUUUCUAAAACCAGAAGUGACGAUGUAUUGCCUGCAGUGGCUGCUCCCUGUGUUGCUCAUCCCCAAGCCGCUGAAUCCUGCUCUGUGGUUCAACCACUCCAUGUUCAUGGGCUUUUACCUGCUCAGCUUCCUGCUGGAGAGGAAACCCUGCACCAUCUGUGCCUUGGUUUUCCUGGCUGCGCUUUUCCUCCUCUGCUACAGCUGCUGGGGCAACUGCUUCCUCUACCACUGCCAGGAUGCUGCACUGCCGAACGCGGCCCAUGACCCCGCCAUCGUCGGGACCUAAAACGAGGAAGUCUACUGAGGAGGGAGUGUUACUGUAGAAUGAUACUGCCAUGCUGUUGAGGGAGGGGUGGACGUCACACGAGAAGAGGAAAACGCUCAGCCAAAGAUGAAACCUAUGAGGAGGCUGGAGAGAUUUAGGCUGCGGGUGGCGAGGCCAGGAUGUUUGAUCUUUAAUGCAUCUGAGGAGCAAAAGGGAAGUGUGAGCUUGAUGUUGAGAAGAUUUCUCCAUUUCAUUCUCAGCGUUGUUUGAUUUCAAAGUAGACGUUAUUCUGUACAGCGUUUCAGUGUUCCUGUUGUUCUUUAAAAAAAACAAACAUGUUUUUUCCCUCAAACUGCCCAAACUGAGACGAGUUGUACAGAUCCGCAUUCCUCCUGCUGUUCCACAUCACCAAACUCCGCAUUCUCGAACAGGACAGCACACGACGGUGGACAAUCAGUGACACACGUGAUGCUGUGGCCCCGCCCCCACGUCAGUGACGGACUCCAUUUUCAAGUCUUUCUCAUGCAUGGUUUGCUGUUUUGUUUUCUGAAGCGUUAGUUUCACAGGUUUUAUUGAAUCUAAAUAAAAUGCUGAAAGUUUUCAA